AUGCAGAAGAGAAAGAAGAAGGAGUGUGAGGAAAACCAGAGGCUCUUUGGUCAAGAAUUGCAUCUGGAUUGGAUCAUCUUCCAUGACGUGUUGGUCACCUCACGGGUGUACGUGAGAACAGUUUGUCCCAUCCGUUACGACUGGGUAAAGGACCUGUUGCCGAAGCUGCAUGAAAUCGACGUCUAUGAGUUGAGUAGUGUCACUAGGGAAGAGGUAACCGAUGAAGAGAUGGCGCAGUGGGAGGAGAAAGAGGCAGCAAAAAGACAAGCAGAAGUCACAGAGGAUGAGGCAAAGAAGAUGGAAAAGCGAAACGAUGAAAGUUCAAAUACAGAGGCUCGCACUCGCUGUUUGAAGCGAAAACAGCAUCGGCUGCAAAGAAAGGGCACAUGAGAGGAUCAAAUAUUCACCACAGAUACUGCAGCUGCUGAAUACAAAUAUGAAAGAUUUUAUAAUCUCAGAUUUCAGAACAUAAUCCGCGUUUACUGCCACAGC